AUGGCGUGGAACAAGUCCGGCUCUUCUUGGCCCAAUUGGAACCCAAACAAUUCCUGGGGAUCAUGGUCAGACAGCCACAAGAACUCAUGGGAUCAGAGCCAGCCAGAGUCAAAGUGGGAUCAGACCAAGCCAUCCGCCAGCAUCACCCAGACUCCGGUUCCUUCAGACUUUCAGGCUGAUGAGGAGUUCUUAGACAACCGUGAGAAAUAUGGGUACAAACUCCACCGCAAAGUUCAACCCACCAAUUGGUCCCGAAAGCGGCAACUAGCGGGCCGCCCGGUGGAAGACAUAAGCAUCGUGGACAUCACCAAGAACGGCUGGGAAGAACAUGCGCUUCGAGUUUUGUCUCAAGGGUCCUUUGUCACGCCAGUGUGGGCCCGAUCCACAUCAGAAGCAGUGUUCGCUGCAGGGUUGUUCAAGAAGAUCAGGGAAAAGAAAUACAAUAUUGAUGCCAUUGCUGAACGCAUUUGGGCUGACAGCAACACACCACCCCCCAGCAAACAUGAACAUGCCAUCGACUUCAUGACACCGCUUGUGGACAAAAUCAUGAGUCUUUUGGAUGAGCUCCACCCGGUCGCCCAAGAUUGCACCGCCUUGAAGAAAAUCCAAAGCUUAGAGGCAGAGAAUGCUCGGUUCCGAGCCAAAGGAGUCGUUUUGACUCCGGAGAAGCAUACCACCACAGGGGAGAAACCAGGAGAAGCGAAUUCAGAACCAGGCUCAUCACUGCAUCCCGCAAAGAAACGCAAGGUCCAACUGCUUGAGGUUGAUGCUAUCCACCACCCCAAGCAAGCUCUUGAGGACCCUCCUUCAGCCACCACCGACAAAGCCAUGCAACAAUGGCUUGAAAACAUCAAGAAGCACAUGGACAAGGAGAAGGCUUCCCAGCUCGACAAGUACGUCAAGCAAGUUGUGGAACACCACAAAGGGCUCAAAAGCAAAGACCUGGGCGACCUCCGUGCCUUGGCUAUCAAAUGGGGGCUUCCCUACAACUUGGCAGAGAAGGCCAGCAACAAAUCGUUGUCUCAGAUCGUUGCAGCGGCGGCACUGCAGGCUGCCUGA